GCAGGGAUUUCACAAAAAAUUGUAAAUAUAUUGAGGGCUGAAGCUGGAUUAUAUUUGUUGAUAUGUUUACUGGUGUACAUUUCGACCGCAGCCCUUGUUGAAUCGAGGUGGAUGUGCCCAUAUGAGUGCCGCUAGUUCGAAUCGUUCGAAGACAUUUUCUGCGUUGUUUGUGGUGCUAAAGUUUAGCAAUAGUACAGAAAUGGAAGUUGCUAACGCGAUAAAACGUGGUUUUAAUGUGACGUUCGAAUGAAGUUACAGAGGUCAUGGACUGGGAGCAACUGGAAGUUAACCCGAGGAUAAUAUCGGCAGUAAAGAAAGCUAACCUGAAAGCGGCGCGGGAGAUACUGAGUCUUUCUGGCGCAGAUCUGCAGCGGCUCACCCGCCUUUCCCUGUGCGACGUGCAGAUUCUGCAAACCGCGGCAGCUGGCGUUCACCGCAAAGCACCGCCCACCACGGCACUGCAGUUGUACCAAGGAGAGUGUCCAGCAUUGGAGCCAGGGCACAGGCUGACUCUGGGCUGCCCCGUGCUGGACAGCCUGCUGCGAGGAGGUGUCCCAUUAUGUGGCAUCACAGAACUGGCUGGGGAGAGUGGUGUGGGGAAGACACAGAUUGCGUUGCAGCUCUGCUUGUCUGUGCAGUAUCCCCAGGAGCACGGUGGACUGGGCUCAGGAGCUGUAUACAUCUGCACCGAAGACACUUUCCCCAUUAAGCGCCUGCGUCAGCUCAUAUCCCAGCAGUCCCGGCUCAGGCCUGAACUCCCUGCUGAGCUGGUACGCAGCAUCCGCUUCAGCGACAACAUCUACAUCGAGCACACAGCUGACCUGGCGGCGUUGCAGGCCUGUGUGACUCAGCGGCUCCCCAUCCUUCUCUCCAGGGGCCUGGCGCGGCUGGUGGUGGUGGACUCGGUAGCGGCCCUGUUCCGCUGCGAGUUCCAGGCGGACGAGACCAUCGAGAGGGCGCGCCACCUCCUGGCGUUCGCCAGUUCCCUCCAGCGCCUCAGUCACUCCUUCCGGACGCCUGUGCUGUGCAUCAACCAGGUAACAGACAUCGUGGGUGAUUCUGAUCCUGCCAGGUGUAGCUAUGGGCUGGUGGAUACCCGUGUCUUGCCCGCUCUGGGAAUGGCGUGGGCCAAUCAGGUGCUGGUGAGGCUCAUGAUGCGGCGGCUGGAGAGUCAGCGCGAGGCGGCGGGCUCCGGCGGAGUCCCUCGAAAGCUGGAAGUGGUGUUUGCCCCGCACCUGCCCCAAGCAUUCUGUCUGUGCAGCGUGACAGAGGAGGGGGUGAAAGGGAUCCCUCACUCUGACCUGGGACCUGGGGCUUCAACCUCACUCAAAUAGCACAUUUUUUGUGCUACGGCUGCAACAGGUGUCAGCUGGACAUCCAAUCAGGAGUCAAAAAGCAAAACCGAAACUUAAAAACUUUUAGCAACUGUAGCUAGCUAGUGUGAAAUUUCUCUCUCCGUGAGAGAGAAACCAUAUCAGCCUGACCAUAUGAUCAGGAAGGAUAAGUUUUAUAAAAACUGGGGCUUGCAAGACAGGAAGCAGUGGAACAUUUUCCUUUUUAUUGAUGUUUUUGUAUAGAUUUACCAUACAGUUAUUUGUAGAGGCUAUGUUUCACCACCCUGGAGAGGCAGAGGAUGUAGCCAGCUCAACAGGCAGCAUGGACACGAGUGGCCUCUGCAGCAUAGCGCUGAACUGAGUCUGCCUCUGCCCAGCCCUCGCCUCCCUACCACCCACAGUGCCACCCACAGGAAGGAACAAGUAGUGCACUUUAAAGAAUGUCAAACCAACAGCACAUUAUCAACAGCUAAAACAGGGUUAUGUCAUGCAAGUCACCCAGUAAGAUCUGGCAUAUAGGAUCAUAAGUUGCUGUAUUAAUCUAAAAGAACUUUCCAUUUGCCACAUUUUUCUUUUAAUGAUUCAUAUUAAUGAAAGUACCACAUAUUUAAUAUUGCCUUCAUAUUUUUUUUAGUAACAAGAUCUAUCAAUUAUUGCAGUAGUCUUAUUAGUGUUGCAAAAGUCAUGGGAGUCUAGACCACUGUCAGAGACUAAGAUCAAGAAUGUAACGUUUGGUCAUGCAAAAUUGGAGACCAAGACCAGCACUGAGCCAUAUAUUUCACAUGCAAUGUCUGAUAGCGUAAACAUUUUAAUGAGAUCAAGACUAAGCUCUUUUGAGACCAAUUACAUUGAGACUGCAAAUUAACAUGAAGGUUUGGCCCAAGACUGGAGCUGAAGACUCAGUCGCUGUUUUGCACUCGUCACCCUUUUGGAAUUCAUUUUUUAAAAUUGAAAUAAUUAAGAGGAUAAAUUGGUGUUCAAUGCCCUCAGUGUUUCUCUUAGUUUAGCUAUGCUGAAUAUGGUUUCAAUUCAAAAAGUUUUCCUUUAAAUGUACAAAUGCUGAAAUGUAUUAUGAGAAUGUGGAAAAGGGGCAUGGUUUUUAACACUUAGACUACAGACAAAUUAUUAUCAAAAGAUGACUUGUAUUACUUUAACUUCAAAUCCAUAUGUGCCUUCAAACUUAAAAGCUCUUAAGUCA